AUGACAGGGACAAUUGAUGAAUCGCCCCCGGCGCAUUACGACGAGAAGCAUGCGAUCCAGCCCCUGGAGAGCAGUGAGCUCGAGACACGACACAGUCACCUGGAGGAGGUCGAUGCAAGCUCCAAUGAGGCGGGCCUUCAUGAGUCCGAGAAGGACAUUCCUAUGACCUUCCGGCGGUUCAUGGGAUUCACAGCGAUGGCUUUCUUGUGGACCGGUAGCCAGAUUCCGGUCUAUCUAUUCGGUGGUAUUCCUCCGUAUAUCUACGGGGAUAUCGGAGGAGAUGAUCGCUGGGUUUGGUUUGUCUUGGCCAAUCUUCUCAGUCUCGCGGGCGUCUGUCCUUUCGUCGGUUCUCUAUCUGAUCUGAUCGGCCGUCGCUAUGUCGCCAUUCUUGGUGCCAGCCUCAUCUGUCUUGGGAUGAUCGUCUCCAGCACGGCGAACACAAUGAAUAUCUUUAUCGCGGGUAUGGCGAUUGCUGGCGCGGGUGCCGGUGUUAAUGAGUUGACUGCGCUGGCUGCUACCUCAGAGAUGGCUCCUACCCGCAAGCGUGGUGUCUACGUCGCAGUCCUAAUCUUUACUAUCGUGCCCUUCUGCCCGUCGGUCCUAUGGGCCCAGCUUAUUGCGUACUACAGCAACUGGCGUUAUGUCGGCGCCUUCUGUGGAGCGUGGAGUGCCUUCGGUCUUUUGAUCACGGUCUUAUUCUACUUCCCUCCGCCUCGAGCCAACUCCCUUGGACUCAGUCGGAUGGAAAUUAUCGGCCGCAUUGAUUUUGUCGGUGGCUUCCUGAGCAUUACCGGCUUGAUCAUCUUCUUGGCUGGCCUGCAGUGGGGUGGAUACAUGUACCCAUGGUCCUCUGCCCACGUUCUCGCCCCGUUGAUCAUUGGCUUAUUGCUGCUUGUUGCGUUUGCAUUCUGGGAGAUCUAUGGAGCCAAGUACCCCAUCUUCCCGAGUCGCCUGAAGCAAGAGCCUCGUAUUCUGGGUCUUACACUGGUGAUCACCUUCAUCUCCGGUGCCAACUUCUUUUCGGUGUUGAUGUUUUGGCCCACCGAGUCGUUUAAUGUAUACGGGCAUGACCCUGUGGAGGUGGGUGUCCGCAGUUUGCCCAUUGGCUUCGCUAUCUUGGCUGGAGCUUGCAUCGUGCUGGUGUUGUUGAGUGUGUUCCGAGGCCAUAACAAGGAGCUGUUGAUUGUCAGCAGUAUCCUCAUGACUGCCGGUUGCGGUGCUAUGUCUAUUGGCAAGAUUGACAACAUGUAUCAGCUGUGGGGAAUCCUCAUUCUGGCCGGUCUCGGAAUUGGUGGCAUCGUCGUUCCCGCCUCAAUUAUUACCACCAUCAUCUGCCCGGAUGACCUUAUUGCCACAAUUUCCGCACUGACCCUGUCCAUUCGCGUCGUGGGCGGUGGUGUCGGCUACUGCAUCUACUACAACGUCUUCAUCUCCAAAUUUGUCCCCCUGGCAAAGGAAUAUAUUGGCGGUACAAUGGUGACAGAGCUUGGAAUCACCGAUGUACAGCUAAUCACCGACGUAAUUGAGCUCACCGGUGCUUCACUGCUCACCGAAAUCAAAGCGCUCCCGGGCAUCGCUGGCAACGAGACGGCAUACGAUAUGGUGGUCACAGCUGGCCAGCUUGCUUAUGCCGAGUCCUAUAAGUGGGUGUACUAUCCCGGCAACUUUUUUAUUCUCGACUCGUCUCAGCUCAACAUCGCAGCUGCCACCAUGGCUUCUAACGCAGCAAAGCGAAAGGCCUUCCCGUCAGGAGCCCAUGGCCCUACCGGUGCUUCUCGUAAGCGCGCCAAAACCCUUGAUGCGCGCUCCCUCGCCGUGCAGUCUACUGACUCUGCCCUCUCCGCAACGGGCGAGCUCGAUGUCGCCGCAUACGCAGCUGCCCGGGCAUUCGAAAUACAGGCCCUGGAGGAUGGCAUGAAGCGGUCGAAAUCUGCAUUAACAACUCGAGCGUUCCAGAAAGUGCCCCGCGCGUUGCGGCGCCGGACCGCAAGUCACAAUGUUAAACGGGUCCCGCAGAGGUUAAGGGCGCGAGCGAAGCACGAGAUGAUCGAGGACAAUACUCCGACCGUUACUGCACGCCGACGCAAGCCCACCCAGAUUAUGCGCAUCCGGCUCGAAUCCGCUCGUCGCCUACAAAAUAUCAAUGCCAAAUCCAAGGCCCGACGUGCCGCCGCAAAGCUCAAACGCGACAAAGAAAAUGGAACCGAAUUGAAAGAGGAGGGGAGCCACGCCUACAAUACAGCCCCCAGGGUACCGAAGGUCAAAAAGUACAAACUCUCUAGGCCGCCGCCGGCAGACGCAAAGUACCGCAAGCGCCAACGAUGCAAGACCUGGCUUCCGACACACAUGUUUCACGCAAAACGUGCCCACAUGGCUACGACCAAGGACCCGAUUUGGCGGUUCGCGAUCCCUCUAUCACCAACCGAAAAAAGCUACCGGCCUACACAUAGAGCGCGAGGUGCUCGGGGUGCUGUAGCUUGGGAUAUGAGCUAUAUAUCAACGGUGCAACUGGAAGGAAUAGAAUCAUGUAUUGAAUCUGUUUUGCGGGCUGUUGGUAUCGGUGGUGAUGAGGCAUGGGGUACCAAAGGACAGAAGUGGAGAGCUGGAACGAGAUCACUCCAAGCCUGGACUUUCGAAAAGGACAAUCGCUCUAAGCCAAUUGUUCCUGUUACACUCAUUUGGUGUGCACCGCAUAAGCCCGAGGAUGUCGAAAUGGCGGAUACAGAUAAACCCCCGGCUAUAUUGAAACCCCCUCGGCGGAAGCUCUGGAUCCGAGUUCAUCCCUCCGCAUUUCUGUUAUUGUGGCAGAGCCUACUCGAGCUCUCGAAGAGACAGAGCCCCCCUGUCAUGGUCGAAGACUUGAGAUUUGAGAUUGGCAGCAUUGAAAUUACCGGACCGGGUUCCACGGAGGCAUUACUGGCUUCAUUGCGGCCUGUUUUGGGACCGAGUGACGCCCCAGCGGGACAGAGCCCAGAAGCCAUUUGGCCCUCCCUCCUCGGAGUAUCAAAUCCUUCAUCGCUUCCACAAAAUGCUCUUUUAUCCUUUGCCGUUUCUGAUCCUCGCCUCCAAUUCCCGCCACGCACACUCAACGUACCUGGUGAUGAAGACCAUAUGAACGAUCUGGCAAUGCUGCUCUCAAAAUGGCCACCCGAUCAAACACAGGGUCAAUCUUCACUCUUCGAUCGCCCUAGCCGCCUUGCAGCUGCUCGUCAGCUUCCAAGCCAAAAGGCCAUCAACCGUCGCCGGACUCUCGCUGGCCCUGGUGCUUACCCUGCCCCGCAGACCAAUGACCCAAAAAUUCCCGUAAUGAUACUUGCAGCCCGACCACAAGCCCGCGCCAAGAGAAACACAACCCCGGGUUCCUGGACUGUUCUGCUACCUUGGAAAUGCGUCGUCCCCGUUUGGUACUCGCUCAUGUACUAUCCUCUCUCGAGCGGUGGAAACCCACGCUUCGGUGGCUUGAAGGAGCAUCAGCAGCUUGCAUUUGAGGCCGGCGAGGGUUGGUUUCCUGGUGAUUUCCCUGGCACCCGAGCUGGAUGGGAAUGGACUCAGCGCGAGACAGAGAAAUCCCGGCGCCAGUGGGAGCGCCGCCCCAAAGGACGUCGAUCGGAAUUUGAUACUCUCGUUCUUGGGGAUGGUCACCUCAAGGGAGAGAUUGGACAUGGAUGGGCCUGUGACUGGGAGAGGCUUGUACAAGGGCCGUCGAAGGAUGAUGCUGCGGACAUUGCCGAUGGUGAUGAUAAGAAGGCUUCGGACCAAGUGGAUGGGACUAUGAAUCCACCAUCCAACAUCCACACCAUCCGGUACGCACCAGGUGACACAAAUAAAAUUCUCAACAGCCUCAGCAAAGAACAUGUCGAUCCCUCUUCUCUUGCCACCAUCCACCUCACCCUUUCCACUCGCGGUACUCCCACACCCUGUGCACGCAUCUAUCGUCUCCCGACCGAUCCCGCUCUGCGGCGCAAAUGGCUCGAACUUGCUUCAGCCAACCGCAAGUCUAGCGAGAAAACAACUCCGCUCAAUGAUACCACACUUUCCCAUGAAGAAGCACGGCGUCGUCUUGCUGAGUCGCUUAUCUCAACUUCUGCGCAUGAAAACUCGACAUCUAAUCAUUUGGAAGUACCUACCGAGGAAGAUCUCAUCGGCUUCGUGAGUACAGGAAACUUCAAUCUCUCUGAAGGCAGAGGCACUGGAAUUGGUUCAAUUCAGUUGUCGAAGGUCUUGGUUCCUGGCGUGAAGCUGUCUGAGCGGAGGAUGUGUAUUGUUAGGUCUGCGGGAGAGAAGCUUGGUCGACUGGGGGUGUGGGAGCUUGUCUGA